AUGCCCAAACACAGUAGAAGAUACGACGCCGUGGCCGAACGAAUUGAGCCGGACAAGCUCUACCAGCCGGAAGAGGCCAUUGAUCUGCUCAAAGAACUGGCCAAUACCAAGUUCGACGAGACCAUGGAAAUCCACAUCCGUACUGGCGCCGACCCACGCCAUGCCGACCAGAUGGUGCGGGAAGUCGCCGUGCUGCCCCACGGCUUGGGAAAGCAGAUUCGGGUGCUGGUUUUUACCAGCGGCGAAGGGGCGGACAUUGCACGCCAGGCUGGAGCUGAUUAUGUGGGUGACGAUGACCUGAUUGCCCAGAUCGAAGGGGGUUGGGUUGACUUUGAAGUCGGACUGGCCACGCCGGAGAUUAUGCCCAAGAUAGGCAAGCUGGGCAGAGUUCUGGGUCGCCGGGGCCUGAUGCCCAACCCCAGGACGGGUACCAUGGUCCAGCCCCGGGAUUUGGGGCGGGUGAUCGAAGAGUCCAAGGGCGGCCGCGUGGAGUACCGAACAGACCGGACGGCCAUCAUUCACUGCUCUUUCGGGAAGGCCAGUUUCGACACAGGGCUGCUGCUGGAAAACUUGGCAGUGCUAAUAGAUUCAAUAGUCAGAGCCCGACCGGCCGCGGUCAAGGGCGUGUUCCUGCGCUCCGCUUAUAUUACGUCGUCCAUGGGACCCAGCAUUCCCCUGGAGUUAAGCGCGCUGCAGGCCCUCAGGCCGGAUUAG